GCAGGGAGGCCUCGUAUAAACGGGCACAGGCAUGAAUAGACUGUUUACACAUUGUGAAUGACUUCUUUUUCUUUAUUUGAAUAGAAAUCGAGCCUGGUUGAUCGAUUAGUUUGAAUCGAUGUCCGCUAAGCAAACGAAAGCCGAUCAAUCGACAGGUAUUAUACAGGAGAUAUUUAGGAAGUCUUUAAGUCCUCCGUAGUAAGGGAUCCAGUGAACGCGAGGAGAGCGGAGCUGAGGCAGAGUGAGUCAGUCGACAGCGGGGGAAGUUAGCUGGCGUCACGACAACUUUGAAGGCUUUGUCAGUCUUUGUCAAGUUACUCAGUGUGAGAUGUGAUAUGUGUAGAUCGCUUUGAUGCCGCGGUGAUUCUUGUGUUUUAAUAGAAGUCAAAGAAAGUGACCGCCAUCAAGAAGGCCACAACACCAGAAGUGACUGUCCCGAGGCAUUAAGAGGAAAGAUUUAAAAUGGUCUUCUCGUUUUUCGUCACAUUUGUUGCUGUUGUUGGACACUUUACUAUCGGCACAGAGGGGGUUCCUGGCGUCAUCAAGAGAGCUAUUUGCGCCGAGGCAAGUUACACACUGCGCUGUACAGAAACACCAAGCCAAGUCAUAGCCAUUAUAGAGGCCUCGUAUGGUUUCCGUGACAACGAGGCGUGUAGAAACUGUAUGACCCGGGCUCAGCCCAAUGUUGUCAAGGCACAGUGCCAGAGGGGGUGCCAGGGCGCCACGCCCGAAGAGGCCUUCGCUAAGCUAGACUCGCUGUGCACGGGGCGCCAAAGCUGCAUCAUAGAACCGUCGUCUGCGCGACUCUUCCAACAGAAUUACAACUGCAAGAUGGCUGCUUUCAUUGACAGCCUUUUGGAAUUUUCAUACAGGUGUAUUAAUAUAAAAUCGGAGUCGCUCUGGAGGGCGAUACAAUCUGGUAACAUCAGUACGAAUACUGCCGGGGAACCCAAGGUGCCAUAUUACCCCUCACAUUCCCUGUCACGUGACAUGCAGCGCGUGUCGUCUGCAGGAACAUUUUUCACCAAGCAAGACGCUCUCUUGGGAUUAGUUGCAUUGCUGGUACUGAUUGUAAUAGUUACUCUAAUUGUCGUGAUCAUUAAAAGAAAAAGACACAACGAAAAGAAGAAAGCGCUUGAAAUGGUGGCUGAAAACUUGAAAAAAGGCCAAGAAGAAUCCUAUCCUUUACAGCGAAGUCUUCCAGAAAAUGGAAAACAUCACAUUGUUUGAUGAUUUACGUUUUUUGUGGGAUUUAGGAAAAGAUGGAUCACAAUUUCAUAAUGCCGUAGAUCAGAUUGAACUGUCUCUUCCAGACUAGCUGAUAUGUCCAUAUUAAUCGGAUUAUAUUAAGCUAUUGUUAUAAAGCAUAUUUCUGAUCUCAAUUGCUAUAGAGUGAACUAAGAAUUCUAGUGAUGUACAGCAUUAUAAUUGCCAUCUUAGAUGAUAACAGAGGCGGGUAGGACCCAGCGUUCUGGCAGGUGGGAGAGUGGCACAUUAAAACAAACAGGUCACCCUCCAUGUGGGUUCUUACAAUUACUAGCAGACAGUUUGUGUCAUAUUUGUUUAAGGAAACAUCAUGCCAUCCUCUGUGAUCGUUUUGGACUUGAUUUUUCCCCUGGAAGCUAAUUAAGAUUCCAAACCCUCCCUAAAUAAAUCUCUUCAUGUGAUGGGGUAGUAAAUGAUGUUGGCUUAAUGAUAAAAUUAAGAAAGACAAAGAUAACUAACAUUACUUUUUUUAAUCUGCAGAAUUAUGUUAUUAUCCAUAAUUGCACAUAUUCAGAUUAAAUAUUUUGUUCAUAUGUAGGAACAGUUUCUGAACUACUCUGAUAUAUUUAUAUAGCCCAUAUCCAUCUAGAUACACAAACCAAUGUACUCUUAUGCAUGCUCUGUUAUUUUGAAACAUAUUAGAACAGUUAAUUAAAUUUUUUACAUCAUGAAGUGUAAUCAUUAUAUUAACUAAUGGGCAAUUUCCAUAAAAAAUUGUCACAAAAAACCAUUAGCAUGAAAAAGAACCAAUAAUUACUGGCUUUGCAAAAAUCUAGGCAAGCAAUAGCUGAUGACAAAGUUUUAAC